CUCUUUAUCCAUCUCCAUUUAUACCUAAAGCCAUUCUUCCCUUCGUUUUCAUGGAAGAGGAAAGAGAUAUUGCAUUCUCUCUCUAGGCAAUACACCUCUCUCUCUUUCUUCCUCUGGGUCAGUAUCUUUCUUUUCGUGCCUAGCAAUCUGGGAAUCCUGCAAUUAUGGCUGCACCUCUUCCCGCGAUGCUGCAGCAUUUAUUAUUUGCCAUUCUCCUAUCUCCAGGCCUGCCUUCUCACUGUCUUGUUCUCUCUCUCUCUAGUUUCUUUGUUAUAUAGUCUUCGAACAUUGUACCCCUGGAAAUCAUAACCCACUCAUGACCUAAUAAUCACGGAAAAAAGCUUCUAUUUAUCCCAGUACUCCCACUCGAUUUCCUUCUCAUCGCUCACUCUACUCCACCACCUCUGGCUCUCUUUCCAGCCCUUCUUUCUUCCAAGAAGCUGCUCUUCAUUUAGGAGUUAAUUCUCAGCGGGGAAACUCUUUACAUAUUGCUGAUCCCGAUCUUCCACCUUCUGCCUCAUCGAGCUCAAAUGUCAACCAUCAAUCCUGAUCUCUCACUCCACAUCAGUCCACCAUCGGUCUCCGUCGACGGAGCUUCGAUGAUGGGGGCUUUUGGGGGGGAGGCAGGUACGAUCUCUGGUAGCAGCGAGGGCGACAUGGGACACGAUCAAGCCUUCUUGCAGAAUGACCACGGCGGGGAGUUAAACCAUGCUGAACCGAGGUUGAGCCUAGGGCUCCAGUCACCAGGGUCAAGUCUCAGCAAUCACCAUGAGAAGCUUCAUCGUCCUCAGAUCUGUGGAUUUAAGCGGAGUUCGAGGUCGGCCCAUGGAGGGAAGAGGAGCGUUAGGGCUCCGAGAAUGAGGUGGACGUCCACCUUACACGCACAUUUCGUUCAUGCGGUGAAGCUCCUCGGCGGCCACGAGAGAGCGACGCCAAAAUCAGUAUUGGAGCUGAUGAACGUCAAGGAUCUCACACUUGCUCAUGUAAAGAGCCAUCUGCAGAUGUACAGAACAGUGAAGAGCACUGACAGAGGAGAGGCAGGUCAAGGUCAGGCAGAUAUGGGCAUUAGCCAGAGGACAGGGAUGGAGGAAGUGGAGGGAGGACUGCCAUGUGAUAAAGCUGGGAGUGAGAUCACUUCAUCUUAUCAUUCCCUCAGCACACCAACCCCACCAACCACACAGGUCAAAUCUCCUAGAGAGAUGUAUCCAUCUGCAGAGAGGCAUGCUUGGAACCCAUCAAUCAAACAAAAUGGAUUGGCAUAUCCCUUCUUCAGAAGUGAUGAUUUGCUAAGCAAUGACUACCAGAGGGGAAACUCAAGAAAUAAUGUACUUGAACUUGGUGGCAUAGCUGGUUUCCUGGAGAAAGGCACUGGUGGAAGAUCAACCACGAGCACUUACCCAGUCACAGGAACAACGGCUAAACCUGGUGCCAAACUCCAUUGGUGCUGCACAUACCAAGAUGCCUGACCUUGAAAUCUCCUUAGGAAGCCAUGACGCUUCUAAAAUGCUUGUGAAUUAUAUAGCUUGAUCAUUUAAAGAAAUCUGGAAGAAAAAGGAGAAAGAGAUCCUGAUGGUACUGAGAUAACUUGUUUUGGUGGUGUUCAAGUUUUGCUUGGAAGAUGAUGAACUCUCGCUGUCGAGAAUCUGCAGGAGAGCCAAACACAACCGGUGAGUUAUGUGCCUGUAAAGUCUGGUCUCUGGAUAAUUUAGGGUGAGACUGUGUAGAUCAUUCUGACAAGACUCUGAAACAUUUCACAUCUAAGUAGAAGAAAUGUUCCUAAGAUAUUAAGAAAAAGAUCUUUCCCGUUCAACUUCCAAUCCAGCAUUUAUUUGAUUAGUCCGCGGGCUUUAAGAACCAUGGGAUUAGUAGAUCAAAAGGGUAAGGCAAGUUCUUGAUUCAGUGGACAAUUACUAUGGGUAUGUCAUGGCUGCUGCUGCUGCCUCCUCGCAUCAUGCUUGCAGUCGAGCCUCAGCAGCAGCAGAAGUCAAUUCCUUCGAGCUUCAUGUCAAUAAUAAAGUAUAAGGAAAAGAAAAUUUUAAGGGAAUGAAAAGAAGGGAACAUCCCGUUCAAGAGGCUUCUGCAGUCUCAUUCAAGAAGUCCUCAUCUUGUUAUUUCUAGCAGAACAGGUAGUGACUUCGCCAUGUGGAGCUUGAUGGAGAUAUGCAGUGGGGAGCUCGACAAGCUGCGGGGCGAACGCCACGACAUCUUCUCUUCUCCUGGGAGUUCAGGCCUGAGUGUGGAGAAGGGCAUAGUGACGAGAAAGGGAGAGAGGCUUCUCUUCUUAGCUUCCCAGUUCUAAGCCAUGCCACGAAGAGCAAAUUGUUGCAGCAAUCAUAAGAUUGCUCUGUCUUUGAAACCACUCUGCCAAUUCUUGUAGACUGCUUCAGCAUUUAGAACAAGCAUUUGAGACA